AUGAGCACUGAGCUGCAGCAGCAGCUUCCGCAGCAGCUGCAGCAGCUGCAGCAGCUGCAGCAGCUACCGCUGUAUCUGCAGCAGCUCCCGCUCCAGCAGCUGCAGCAACUGCAGCAGCUGCAGCAACUGCAGCAACUGCAGCAGCUGCAGCAGCUACCCCUGCAGCCGCUGCAGCAACUGCAGCAGCUGCAGCAGCAAAUACCAGGACACCUAUACAGCCUAUCUUCUCCGCUGCAGCAGCUGCCGCAGCAGCUGCAGCAGCUGCAGCAGCUGCCGCAGCAGCUGCUGAGUCAGGGUGCAUCUCUAUCUUCUCUCGGUCUGCGUGGAGACAGCAGCAGCAGCAGCAGCAGCAGCAUCCCUGCCCCUCCUCUGCCUCAUCUACCUCAGCUGCUGAACGGCAGACCCCUUCAAUCGAUGCUGCAGCCGCAGCAGCAGCAGCAGCAGCAGCAGCAGCAGCAGCAACCGCAGCUGCUGCAGCAGCUGCAGCAGAGCCUCCCACAGCUACCCAUUGGUCAGCUGCAGCAGCAGCUUCCGCAGCAGCUGCAGCAGCUGCAGCAGCUGCAGCAGCUACCGCAGUAUCUGCAGCAGCUCCCGCUGCAGCAGCUGCAGCAACUGCAGCAGCUGCAGCAGCUCCAGCAACUGCAGCAACUGCAGCAGCUACCCCUGCAGCCGCUGCAGCAACUGCAGCAGCUGCAGCAGCAAAUACCAGGACAUCUAUACAGCCUAUCUUCUCCGCUGCAGCAGCUGCCUCAGCAGCUGCAGCAGCUGCAGCAGCUGCCGCAGCAGCUGCUGAGUCAGGGUGCAUCUUUAUCUUCUCUCGGUCUGCGUGGAGACAGCAGCAGCAGCAGCAGCAGCAGCAGCAGCAGCGUUCCCCGCCCCACCACCACCCCCACCACCACCGACGACAACAACAACAGCAGCAGCAGCAGCUGCUGGUCGAGCAGCCCAAUCGGCAGUACAAACAGCAGCAGCAACAACAGCAGCAUGCUGGUCGAGCAGCCCAAUCGGCAGUACAAACAGCAGCAGCAACAACAGCAGCAGUAUAAACCCUCUAUCUUUUUUGUCUCCUCUUAA